AUGCAAUCUACCAAAGUACCCGACUUCCUGGAUACUGGGGCCGCGUCCCGUUCGCGCAGCCCCAGCGUCGUUUCUAGCGAUUCGCAGUUUUCUCGAGUCAAUCUCAUGUCUCCACCAUCCGUGACGCCGUCCCCGGCGUUCAUCUCGCCACCUGCAGCCUCAGAGAUCAUUUCUGCCGACCAGGAGUUCAACGCCGCCGAUUUUGUUGCUGAGGAUGAGGAAACCGGGGCCGGCGCCACGGCGCUGGUGACCCCGGCCGCGUUAUCACUCCUGAACGGAUUCCUCGAUAACCUCUUGUUUAAUAUUCUUGCUUCGUCAAAGUCUACGCAGCUCGCAUGCAUUCGACCCGCCAUGGCCGAUGUAUUGAAGCCUCGCUUGGCCAAGGAAGUUGUAAACUCAGCCGAGGAAGAGUUGAACGAAUAUAUGGGCGGGGCGGACGAUGAGCAGACGGAAUUCCGCGGCGGCCAGCAGCCCGGCGGCGAUUUUGAUCUAGUACGCUCAUGGAAGUUAACCCGUCUACGAUGCAUGGUCUACACACGACUGGGCGACAUGGAAGAGGAUGACGAAGACGAGUUUAUCGCACAAGAUAGUCUUGGAGAAACCGAUGGAGCACCACGCAGAUUUACCAGUCAUGUCGACAAUAUUACACCUGCAGCUUCUAUUUUCCUUACCUCGAUCAUCGAAUACAUUGGCGAGCGCGCACUCGUCAUUGCUGGCGAGACAGCACGGUCUCGUUUGUCGGCACAGCUCAACAAUGGUGGUGAUGAGUUCAGUGGAUCUGGAGACGAACGAAAAAGAAUCGACCGACUUGUGGUGGAAGAUCUCGAUAUGGAGAAACUGGCCCUGAAUGCAACCUUGGGUCGCCUGUGGCGCACGUGGAGGCAGCGCAGACGCGGAACCACUCUUUCUCGAACACUAUCCCGCGAAUCAUUCCGCCCACGUGGAUACUCCCUGGCAAACAGCCGGAAGAGCAGCAUUGUAACCAUCGAGGAACCAGUGACUCCCAAGGAGCCUCUUCCAGUGGCGAGUCCCCCGCCUUUCGAUCCCGCCACCGUCCCCUUGCCAAUGAGCGAUUACGACGUUCAAGAGAUUGAGGUCCCGGGCUACAUUGGCGAUCUAGAUGGAGAGAUACAGACCAUGGAGGCCGUUAUUGCUCACAAGGUGCGACCGCGCAGUCUGAUGGUAUUUUCAUCUCCCUCGCUUGUGCCAAAAUCUCCGGGUUCAGCAAACAGCUCGCCCGUGAGUGCGUCAGCUAUUGAACCUGGCAAAUCAAUCCGUCAUGUUCGUACGAGGUCUCUACCUAAUGGGCCACCCCCACCCGAGCCCGACGAGGAGGAACCCGAGUCGCCAACAGACCACCCAUCACCUACCGCAUCCGAGAAGAAACAACUGGAGACUAUGUACGAGGAUGAUGAAUCUGCAGAAUAUGUGGAUGCAGCCGAAACUACCCCUGACAUUGCUGUCAUGCCAGAACACGAAGAGACACCGUCAUUCGAACCUGCAGCAGAAGCUUCUGAAAAUACGAGAAUGUCGAUCUUGCAUGAAGAAGAAGAGGAGGCGCCUCCUGCAGUCGGCGAGACGAUUGCAUCCUUGCGCGCUAUAGCAAAAGAUGAAGACGCUAUGACUGAUCAAUCCAAUAGUGUUCGCGUCUCCCUCGUAUCCUUGGGCGAUCGGUCGAAUCAGAAAGACCCAGAAGUAAUUGAGGGCACUGGGCUGCGUGAAAAGCCUAAAUUGACUUCGACGAUACACCGACCAAAACGCCCAUCCCCCAGGGAUGCCAGUCUACUCAAUGCAAGGUCGAUCUCUGACCAGACUAGCGACUCUGAAAUGCAAGCCGUUGCGGAGGGCCAACCUUCAAUGCAAGGGGUUGAGACCACGCCGGCUCCACCCGCACCCCCCAUCGAGGCUAUCACAUCUUGUAUCGAUCACGAUGCGACCGAUAAUCAGAAUAACAUGACCGUGGCCACCACCCCGUCGACUUGGCCGUCGGAGGAAUGCACCGAAACGGCAAAGUCUUCGAAAUAUCUCCUCGCCGACAUUCCUCGCCCAACUUCUAGUUCAGGUAAUUCGCAGCGAUCGAAAACUCGCCCCAGACCUGCUCCGUUGGAGGUCACAACCAGCAACCGAACCUCUUCCGCCUCCGCCUCGGUAGUUGAACGAGCGGCUGUUCAGCGCAUGUCUCGGCCAUCGAUGUCUUCAUCUAUCAUCAGUAAAACGCGUCGGUCUGGGAGCUUUGGCAGCGCUCGCGAGAAUACGCGUCCAGUGACUGCCGGCUCCACCACAUCGCAGGUGUCCAACAAGUUGAAGGGCAUCAUGAGUCGACCACAGGGUGAAUCUGGUUCGCCCCGCAUGCGCAGCUCGUCUGAAACAAGUCGCGCAUCUGGCGGGAGCGUAGACUCUGUAGACAACGAAAUUGCCGAUUUGGACAAGUUGAUCAACAGUGAUGAAACUAUCCACUACACCCUCACUCCCCGAAGUGUGAGGGAAAUGACCUUCCCUGACCUGCCUAACCGAUCAGUUCCUCGAUCAGAGACGGCAGGCGUCUCCGACCUGGCUGAUUUCCUAAAUACCACUGCACCACCAGGCGAAGAUAAACACCGCCCUCACGCUUCGGUUUCCUCAAGGACAACCGGAGAGAUGUCCCCAAUCUCCCAAACCAAAUCCAUCGAGUCACCCAAGCACAUCCCACUUACUACGCGCUUGACCAACAUGUCAUCAACUUCGAGGUCUAGCAAGAUGGGACGGGCGCGGGAUGCGCGAAUCGCGCCCUCGGAUUCGACACGCGACUUUGCGGAAUUCAUGAGAUCGACUGGCCCUGCUGGUGGGCCAUCCGAGUCUAAGACCUCUAUCUCUGCCGAGAGCGCGCGGCCUGUUCGCCCUCCAUCAACUCUUUCCACUGCCUCCCGUGGAAACCGACCUAAGCUUCAAGCUCGGUCUGCUGAGACGAGAGGAUCUCAGACUUCGGACCUCAUCGAUUUCAUUCGCGAGGGACCUCCUAUGCCUGCAGGUGCUCACCGGAUUCCUCGGGCAGUUGCACCUUUCCGCAAUACCAUUGAUUCGGAUGAUCUUCAGCUGGAUAAUACCACCAGGUCUUUCGUCAGCUCCGGUAAUGGAUCUACGCCCAAUAAAUCCUUGACAUCUCUUGGUUCGCGGUCCGGGUUACUGGAUUCAAACAGGAACAAGGCUACGGCAUCGGGAAGCGCCACGGACUUCGACGAGCCCCAGCCUGUUCGGAAGCAACGCCGUGCUCCCGAUCCCUACGCCAUUGACGACGAUGACGACGAUGCGCUUCUAGAAGAGCUUCUGGAAAAAGAAGCAAAUCCCAAGCCCAGGCGCGAGGAGGAGAGCCUGAUGGAUUUCCUGCGCAACGCUCCUCCCCCUCCCCCCUCCGAACAACCCCCACAGCCAUUUGCAGUUAGUGCUUCUGCAUCAAAUGGUCUCUCCGGUGCAUCGGGCAUGAAGGCCCGGCUGCUCCGUACCUCUCAAAAUUCCUUGCGCACACAAAUCCCCCCAACCAAGGACCAGACCAACUACUCUGCCAAGGUUGGCCAGGAGCGCAACAAUGGCACCAUGCCUUCUAUCUCAAACCGCCAGACCGACACCGGUGAUUUGGCGGACUUCCUCCGAAAUACUGGGCCUCCGGGCCCUACGCGGUCUUCAUCAACACCCAUGGGAUCCAAGCCGAAGGACAGUGGCUUCUCCCGUUUCUUCGCACGCCGAAAGAAGGUCGAGGCUUAA